GGAUGAUUCUGGGGCAUUAUUAAACGUGCAUAACAAUACACCGAAUCGCCACGGCGUCCACUCCUUCCUGAAGAGGAGCCCUAUCAACGAGUUAUCAUCGCUAUGGAGAUUCGCGAACUCCUUCCCGCUUCCGGAGAGAAAGAUGAAGCAAACGAGAUUCGCAAGGAAGCUUCUUCGAAGAAGCUGCGUAUUCACGACGACUUGAGCGGCGGGAAAGUCAUCGUGGUGGUGUCAGCCGCGGAAACCGAGCCACUCGUCGCUGGCAAGCAUUUGGUGAAGAGGGAGAUCGAUGACGCUACCUUCCCCGUGUGUUCUUCAAUGGAUGAAAAUCUCGACGACAACGAUGACGACAAUGAUGACGACCAGGACAAGGAGAACGCGGUGGAAAAGCGCAUUGUCGGCAAGUCGAAACUAUCGCGUGGCAACCGCGAGGCGGACAAGAUUUUCCCGCCGCAGCAGCAGCGAACGCGGGCGAAUCGAUCGCCGAGGCCGCCGAGGCCGGCGAACGCCUUCAUGCUCUUCGCCAACGAGUGGCGAAAGAAACUCGCCGCCGAGAAUCCCCGGGAGUCGAACAAGGACAUCAGCGUCAGGCUGGGUAUCUGCUGGAAGAACAUGCAAAAGGACGCAAAGGAGAAGUAUUUCGCACUGGCGCGCGAGGUGGACGCAGAGCACAAAAGAAAGUAUCCUGUCGGGCGUCCCGAGUGGUCAAUUAAGAUCACCGGGAAGCGGCGAGACCGCAUCGAUGCGCCCUGCGCCGUCGGGCAUCGACGGCGCGUCGACCGAAUUCACGUGCAUCUGCGCGCGUGCAACGGGGGUUGGCGCCCAGGGAUAGCGGCGGCGGCGGCGGCGGCGGCGGCGGCGGCGGUGGCGGCGGCGGCGGCGGUAGCAACGGCGACGGCGGCGGCGGCAGUGGCGGCGACGAGCGAAAGGGGCGAAAAGCGUCGAGAGGGAUGGGAUAGGGGUAAGAGAGGGUGGCGCGCAGUAGGUCGCGCCGAGAGAAGCCGUCAAAAUGUCGAGGCCCCUGCAUCCAGGCGGCACGACGAGCCGAUGGUACGCGGAGGAGUGUCGCGGCGUGCACCGGGCUGAUCGCCGGUCAUCGAUCCACCAACGUGCCGAUGCGAGCGAGGAACGAGAGGGAAAGAGACGGGAGUGGCACGGGGCUGAAGGGAGAGAAGAAGAGAGAAAGGGAGAGGCAGAGUGAAAGAACGGGCGCACGGCGGGAGGGUGGGACGCGGAGGGUGGCUCUCUCGCUCGUUCGCGCGGCCGCCGAUGCGCGUAUCGUCCUUCGUGCGCGCGGAUCAGCGGACGAUAAUGGGAGAAUAUUUAAUCGGCGGCGCUCAGUGACGCGAUUAAUCGGUCGUACACGCGACGAGACGCGUCGUCGCGCCGACGUGCGUAAUUGCUCGCGUCCAGGGUGCAGGCUGUAGCGCGAUGAUAGCGCGUUAGAUUGAUCGAGACCGCGACCCGUAGCGCGACUUGGCGCCGGAUAAGCCCAUUCGAUAAGCGAGAGGAAGUGUCGCAUGGAACGCGUAACUUUGACCCGAAGCACCUGCUCGCUUAAUGCGAUAUAGUACUACUCCUCGGCCGAGACGGCCGAGUUAUAAUCCUCUUCGACCCGUUCGACCAACUCCGUAAACGCGAUUCUCCCGCGGAACAUCCGUCGCGACGUAAAUCUAACGCGAAGAAAAGACGAAUUAUCGACUCGAGGCCGUGAGCUCGUGGAGUUGCGUCGAGAGAGCCGCGGCUUGAAGCCGUUGAAGAGAGCAAUGACGAAAAGAAGAGGAGAAUCCUGCCGGCGCCUCUUGUCUCUCCUCCUCCUCCACUUCUUGUUCGCAGUGGCGGAUCCAGAACUCGGAGAACCCCAAGCGGCACCAUAAUCCUGCUGUAGCGUAAUUUAAUGCUAAUUAUUUUAAUUACAAGACAUAUUUUCCACCCUCAUCCGUGAAACUCUCAACUCGUUCACGAGUCGUUAUUCGUUCCCCCCAGCCGUUGGUGACUGCGAUCAUAUCAACUUUGCGAGACAAAUCAACAAUUAGAGGUGCACGAGACCAUUUAGUGUUCUCCGAUGAUCCCAACUUCGAACGGCGACUAUCCACCACUGCCUCAUCCUCUAUUUUCUAUUCCUCCUUGUCCCCUUAUUGUUUCUCCUCCUUCUCCUAUUUUCUUUCGUCCUUUUUCUCCUCUUCCUCAUCUUGCUCCUCCUCCUCCAGCUUCUCGCGUACCUCCCCUUCCUCCUCCUCCUCCUCCUCCUUUUCCUCCUCCUCCUCCUCCUCCUCCUCCUCGCCACUACUGCGUCCUACACCCUCCGCUCGUGCACCCCCUUUCACGCCACUCUGGCUCGUCGAUGACGAAACGCACGUAAAUUCGUCGCGGCGCCGCUGCCGUUGCCGCCACCGCCUCCACCACUACCGCCGCCGCCGCCGCCGCCGCCACCACGGGGUGAAAUCAGUGCGAUCGGAGUGCACCGCGAGGGAAGGACGCGGGUCUCCCGUGUGCGGCCCGCCGUUCCCGCUUGCGGCACGCGCGCGCGCGCGUGCGUUUGCUCGCCCGCCCGACCGCCCGCCUGCGUUUGUUCGUUCGUUCGUUCUUCUCUCUCCGCGCAGGUAACGGCGCGACGUGAUAGACAGUGGGAAACAGCCGGAUAAAUAGGUCGUCGUGCGCACCGAGGACGAGAGACGGGGGGUCGUAAUCAUGUAAAACGGACGGGGCGCGAAACGCUCCGGAACUGAAAUCCGGAAGUGCGCUCGUUCACUUCGCAGCUCGGUGGUAGACGCGCGGAAUUCUUGUGGUAGACAUAGAAUAGCUGUAUCUUGAGGGAGACACACAAGCGGUACACACACCACACACUUGGUGAGAAAGGGUGCCGAGCUGUACCGCGCUCGAUCAU